CGAAAUAAUUUCGUGCACGACGUAAAGUUGGAUUCACGGAGUCGUGCACAGUCUGUGAACGAGGUCACUUUUUCUUUCGUGCCCAUGUAUCACAGUUUUUGUCGUAAGCUCCAUAGAAAUUGUCGUAAAUACACCAACAACUGCUACUUUUGGUGUACUUUUACUACAAGCAGUGCUGACUGGAGACUUUACGGCGUUGUGUGGAUAUGAAAAUGAGACGCUAAACCACAAGGUCUGCCACACUUCCAGAUAAACUGUUGUGCACAUGACGACGUUUGUUUUGAGUUCCUCCUCACUCUCUCUGUGCUGGGGCGCUCCUCAACAUGGCAGCGCAAGGUGCUUCCUACUGGCUGCGACUCUGCAUGCUUCUGCUGCUCUGUCUAUCUGAAGCCCUGUCCGAAGAGAUAAACAGAAAUUACUACGACACUCUUCAUGUUGAGCCAACAGCAACGGACAGCGAGAUAAAAAAGUCUUUCCGAAAACUGGCCGUGAAGUACCACCCUGAUAAGAACAAGAGCGCAGAUGCUGAGAAGACUUUCAGGGAGAUUGCUGAAGCCUACAGAGUCCUCUCAAACAAGGAGCAAAGGAGGGCGUAUGACCAUGUGGGCCACGGAGCUUUCCUGAAAAAUGAGGACCUACUCAAGCCUGAGGAUGAGUAUCAGACAAGCUUCCACUUCAGCUUCCCAGACUUCUUCCACGACUUUGAUGACAGUCUCUUUGGUGGACAGUGGCGCUUUCACCAGGAAGAGGAUGAGGAGGAUGGUCGUUAUGAUCACUACAGUUUUGAGGGGGAAAGAUUUAGCUUUUAUUUUGGAGAUCCAGAUGAAUAUGAAGAAGAGUACUACUUCUAAAAGUUUUUUUCUCCCUGUGCUUGGAAUGACUGUUACCUUUUAGCAUGUUUUCUUUUAUCAAUAAUAAAGUAUUCUGUCUAAAAUGCUCUCUCAGUAUCUGUUUCUUGUAUUCAUUAUGUAAAAAAAAAUCACCUAAACAGACCCUUUGAACCUGUUUGCAUUCUUCCCCCUUUUAUGGUCUCACUUAUAAAUUCAGCAGCUGUGGGGUUGUAAGGCUGGCUGCUAGAUAACCGACUGAGCCGUUAUGCCACUUUUCCUGUGUGGGUGUGUCGAAGGUCCAGAGUUACUCACACGCCAUUUACUCAUCUUUUUCCUUGCGCCAGCACUUUAGAUUUGGCACAGUUUUACUCCAUUUCUCAUGGGACCAUUGUGCACUUUGACCCAAAGGAUAUCCUGUGCAUUCUCAACACUUGGAGCUCGAGCAGACUAAAAGGCAACAGGCAAGAGCUCUUUCCAGUUUUAUGUACUUUUAUCACGCUAAAAGGACAAACCACAAAGGCAGAUAAAAGACAGACUGCUAGUUUGCAAAGCUGACAAUGAUGGAAGAAGUGAAAGAAACUGCAUCUGUUCUGAGUGUCCAUGACGACAGCAUCAAAGUUACAGAGGUGUUGAAAGACGGGGACACUCUCACCUUUAUCAUCGUAUCUCAAAAGCUCUCUGGUACAGGGGAAUACCAUGUGGACCGGACCUAUGAGGAUUUUGAAUGGCUGCAGCAGCACUUGUUCUCUCAGGGGGAUGUGCCAGGAAUACAGGGAGUCAUAUUCCCUCCUCUUCCUGCAAAGCCCCAGGUGAAUGCAUCUCCCAGAUCUAUAAAACAGCUUGGUUUCCUUGCUUUAGGAGAGUGUCAGCCCUACUGUAAAGCAUUAGAAACGUUCCUGCAGCAGGUUGCUGCACACAGCAUACUCAGCAAAAAUAAAGCCGUGGAGGUCUUUCUGACCAGCUCGGAUCCUCCAGGCAGACAGAAAGUAAAGAAGAACAUUUUCAACAGACUGAGUCAAGCUGUGGAGGAGAUGAGAAAAGAAGGCCAUAAGGAUGUGGAUGAGUUCUUUCAGAAUGAACGGGAUCAUAACCUCGUUCUAACCGGCUGCACCAAGACUGCAGCUGAGAAAUUCCUAGAUGUGGUAGCAACAGAGCAAAAAAUAGCAGUGGCCUGUGGACACUUCUCAACUGCUCUGCAUCUCUGCGUGGAACCAGGCGAGGAUCCUGACAAACAGGCUUUCUCUAGGGUUUGUGUGAAAUUAUCAGAAGUGUUUGAAUCUAUAAAGAAAAAUAUGACGAGUGUUGCUGAGAACAACGUGAACACUCUUGGACUGGGCCUGGACCUCGAGUCACGUUAUCAGGAGGCGGAAAGGGAGAUGCUCUUCAGGAGAACCUGCAAACUAGUGGAGUUAGAGAAUGCCCAAAGGAACGUAGAGAAGGCGAAACCUGUAAAGAAGGCUGCUAUGGAAGAAGUGAAGAAAGCAGCAGAGACUGAGUUUGAGCACACUUCUGGAGUGGCUAAGCAGGAGAUUGUACGUUUUCAGGGAGCGCGCGUGAAAAUGCUGCAGCAGGCUCUGGUUGGUUGGUGUGAAAAGCAACUUCUUACAGCCAAAGAAAGUGCUGACCAGUUCAACCAGCAUCUGGAAGUCUUUAGGGGAAUGGCCUAGUGACCUCUCUGGCACCCUCUCAAAUUAGCAUCCCCAGUAAAUCUAAUCAUAGCACGGGGCAACCCAAACCUGUCCUUCACUGUGUUGUGCUGCAGUUUGAUGCUUUAUUGAGUGUAAAUAGGGAAAUGUAAGCAACGGAGAAAG